AUGGACGCAUUUGCUGUCCCACAGCGGCUAUUUGCAGGCCAUAAACGCCGCGCUGAAGCGCUUCGUACCAACAGAUCUGUGUUCUUCACUGCCGACGACUUCCAUACGUUCUCCAUCUACGGAUAUAAUCACGAGUCGCGUCUAUAUGGAGAGCUAUCGACUCGUCGACAAGCGCUUGUCGAUCGGCCAACUCGACGGUCGAUAUCGUCUCCAAAGGGCUCUGUGCCGAUCCAAAGAAGAGCGAACGAGUCGAAGCAUUUGGUGCAAUUGCUCGUGGACAUGAUCGAGAAUCAGCGGAUACACGCACCGGAUAAUCGCGUCGAAGUGGAUAAUGCCCGUCGCCGGAUAUCCAGAUAUUCGGUGGUUGAACACGAACAAUAUCUGGCGCUGCAACGCAAGAUGCAUCAAGCGCAACAGCGCGGACUUCCAGCAGUGCUCGCACUAUCACGAGAGGAAGCAGAGCAGUGGCAACAGAUGAAAGCUGAAGUUGCGUUGGAGCAAGUGAUUUUUUGUCGCAUGAUGGCGAGAAGUUUGGCGCCAGAAGCUGCUGUGAAGGAGGCGUUCGUGCCGCCAUUUGCUGCGUCGUGGUAUGCUGCAAUGGUGACGCAAUGCUGGAACGACAUUUACCGGCUGUACCCGCGGUGGUUCGAGCCGUGUCUGACUGUAGCGUUACCAAGUGGUGCUGUCUCUACCGGCUCUGGGUGUGCGACGAUCAAGGCAGAAGAGGUUGCUGCACGCGGCUCGUGCUGCACGAUCGACCUGACCAAACUAGUGGCUGGCCAGUUACUGAAUGCUGCAGCAAACGAGAACAAAGGUCUGGACGUUGCGUUCCCGCGUCAGGUCAUCUCUGCCGACCAUCAGGCAGCGCAGUUGGUCGAGGCGUUCGACUGUGACGUUGCCAUCUCGUCGUCCACGCUGGUCACACUCUUUGACAGUGAUACGUCCACCCACUUUUCUCACGUGCCCGCGGAAUGGGGCAUUCCUAUGAAAAGCAGAGCAAGCGUUUGUGCAAGCACUGGCGCGACGAAGAAGCGUGUGUUUCUGGACCGUCCCCUGCCAGGUGGUAAUCCAGGGACGCGAGAGAAGGUCGCAGAGGCGGGACGAGCUGCAUUGCUGUCACGCUUUGAGGCCGAAUCUGUUGUAGACGGGUCCACCGGCGGCCGAACGGCAUACCAUAUCUGGCAGCUACACGAUCGACGGAUACUCGUGCGCAGCACGACACAUGUGAACAUGAUGGCACCUGCCAGCUCAGGCGGUGCGUCGCCGUCUGUGACUGUACCGAAAGGUGAACAGCAGAAGGAGCAAACGGUCACACCGCUGAGCGUGUUCGUGAAGCCAGACUACCAUUUGCUUGGCGUCGAGGAGCAGCUGACUACGAGUGAAAGGUGUCGUUUCUGGCUGCAUUCGUGGCUUCGUGGCGGCUCGCCGGUACUUGUUGCCCGGGUGGACCCGACGUCAGGUGUCGUUAGCUCGUGGCAAACGUACUCGCCGGCGUCUCUUCUCUACGGCGACAAGAGUCAACAAACUCUUCCACUCGAGUGUUUUGACCCGGCAUCAAAGUUCAUGUGGCUAUCGCUGCUGUUUGCAGGCUUAGCAGAUCUUCCAGUAGGAAAGUACCUCUUGCAGCCGCAAGAUGCCACCGGUCCAAGCACAUUUGGUCAACAACGUGGCGGUGUGCAAGUACUCAUGGCUACAGCAGCAUCUGGAUCGGAAGAAACACGAGUGGUUGACUUGUAUAGCUUUAUGCCAACGACAAGCACGAGCGAUGACGAAGGUGGCGGUGAUGGAUCAGCAGCUUCGACCACGGUACCCAGCUCAAAGCCCAUUUUCUCGACACUGCCUGCGUGGAAUCGUUCCGACCGCAUUCCGUACACGUACCAAACCGGUAUGUACUGCGUCUCCUUUUUCCUCGAAGGACGUUGCCCCAAUGUGCUCCAGGACAACAGCUGCAACCAUCUUCACCUGCAGUUGCCGCCACAAAGUACAAGGACCGCCACGCGCCACGUCAAGUCCAAGCGCACGUACUUUGACAAUUACACCAAAGUGCUGAAAAAAGCCACACCACGCAACCAGUUGCAGCUGUUGACUCGGCCCGAGCGCGUGAUGCUGAACUACGCAUUCUGCGGCGAAGAGGCCGUUCGUUCUUCCGACGUCACAACAAGUGCCGACCUGCACGCUCCACUCCAUUGUUCCAAGACUCGACCCGAGUGCACAUUGCCCCAUCUGACGCUUCACCAGGUCCUCGAACGUCUUGCCGACGACCUCUUACGCAAAGGGCGAGCGAAACGUCGAGCUCAGAAAACCGAACAUCGGCUCAAACGUGCCACCAAAGUAAACCAAUGCCCAACGUGA